AUGUCUGCGCUUGCACUUCAGCCGCACUUAAUCUCAGUUGGAGGGCUUGACGAUUUUCAGAGCUCUCAACAUACAUUUGCCGCCUCGAUUUCUCCUCGAGGUAAUAGUAUAGUAGCUCACGCGUCGUCGAAAGCGCCUCAAGCUCCAACAAAGAAGAGACUACCGGCUGACAGUUUAUUAUACUUUGCAUCUUGGGAUCACAUCCCCGAGUCCACAGUCGAGUUUUACUGUGAUACGUAUCUGACCUUCACAACGAUUCAAAAUAUCGCAAAAUCUCUAAAAAACGACUCUGCUACACAGUUACUAUCAGAGGAGCAAAUCACCAACUACUAUAGUCGUUCUAUUGAACAAUACAUCAACGAUGCCAAAAAACAGAUAACUUCACUUGCUUCACAAGAUCCACUCCCGCCAACCUAUCCUACAUAUGUUAGCAUACUCGAAACCUUGCAGCUUGUUCAAACAGUUUAUGCCCCACACGGGGGCCAGAUCAAUGGCCUGAUAGGAGAACAGCUACUUCAAUGGCUCAAUACAUCUCAUACUGUCCCCGCUACCGCCGAGCUAAUUCGGCUUUCGGCACUACCUGAACCUUGGUCAGAUCCUGAUUUCUGGCCCACACUAAAUAAAUGUGUUCUUCGUGGACUUUCCACAUCUGCUCUUGGAUUUCUCCGCCGAGUCGCUUCGAAUCAUCCAAGUACCGUAUUGCGAACUUUUAUACGGGACUCGCUCGUUCCUGUUCUUGAAACACAUCCUCGUAGCAGCGAAUUUCAACGCGAGUCUGGAUUCUUGGCUGCCCAUUCGCGAUGGCGUGAGCGUGUAGCCGAGGUUCGCAUGGCUCUUGAUAGGGCUGUUGAUACCGAUUCCGGAGAGGCCGACGAGGACGAGUGGUCACGAUGGGUUGAUGAGUUACUGGGAGUUAUCGAAGGUGAUGAUGGUGUUGUAUUCGCCUUAUGUAACGAGGCUGUGGAAGAUGGUUGGGGGUUCCGUGAAGUGAUUGGCGUCUGGGGUGUUUGGGUUGAUGUCGGGCUGAAGCGAACGCAAUUGGCUAAGGUUGUGGAGAGGGUUGCGGAGGAGAUGCCUCCGGACCCAACCGUGCCUGUACAGGAGCUGCACCGAGCUAUACUUGCUAUGGAGGAAUUGGAGGCAUUGGAAAUCGCUGCACAAGUCGACCCAUGGUUGGCUGCACAUCUCGCGGAUAUUUUUGAAAAGGUAGAAACAUUGGACCCACAAGACGAGAUUGCCCAGACCUAUGGAAUGAGCAUUCGAGAUCAUUUCGUGCUAUCCUACGCCGAACAUCUUCAUUCUGAUCCAACUCUGUUCGAGAUCGAACUAGAAUAUAUGGGACGGUGCGGUGCUAUUGGCCGAGAGCGGAUUGCGGCCGUGAUUUGCCAUAUUCCGGUUAUACCACCUCCCACAGAUCCCAAGGUUUCAGAAAAGUCCUUAUCUCGGCUCAAAUCCCUGGGAGUAGACGAUCAAGGGCUGCCCCUUGCUCCACGCAUAGUGGACGCGGGGAUGUGGGAGGGAUGCGAUCGCGUUGAUAAAUUGCUCAGUGUAUGUGAUCAAUUCGCAUUACGCGACGAGUCGCGUGAGAUCUGCAAGAUUGUGGCUCAACACUUGACUCGGACAAAAAGCUAUGGGCUAGCGAUAUCCUAUUCUGCGUUUGCCCAGGAUGUACGAGGGGUGGGGCGUAUUGCGACACUUCUUCUCGAGGAAUAUGUUCAAAAUGGCGAGUUUGCUCGGCAGCAUUUGUACAUGAGAGUUAAUGCCACGGACCCAAUUUCUGCUCGGCUUCAAUUUGUUGCUCGAUUCGCCGACUUUCACACAUUUUCGGAGGACGGUGCAAAGGGAGAAGCUGUACGCCUAUUGGUGCGCAUGUUGGAUAGGUCGAUCGUUCCAAGAGCCUGGCAAGCUGUGGUAUUACUUGACGCUGCGAGUUUGCUCGAAGGUUCGGAUGAGGAGCUGCUUAUCACGACCGAUGAUGCAUACGAAUUGCUCCGAUACCUCCAAAACAUCUACACCCAGGCGGCACUCGGAGCUGGCUCAGACUAUCUAGAAGUUCUUGCACGAAUAACAAUGCGAGGCAAGGGAAACACAGCCGAAACGGAAGCACUUCAGUCUCUAGAUAUCGUUCGAUUGGUUCUUGCUCGCUAUCUCGCGCGCUGCACGGUUCAGCGGUUCUGA